AUGAUUAUGUCGUACGGUGUCUCCAUCGCAGUCAUCAACUCUGUCGUCAACGCGCUUUGCGACCCUUUGCGCAAGUACCUGACCAAAUUCAUGGACCCGUUCAUGGUCGUGGCUCUGCGCGGACUUAUCCAGGCCCCGCUCUUCGUGCUUUGGGCCAUCGUGGACACUGGAGGUCGUCUUCCGCCGCUCAAUCAUCUCUUCUGGACAUCCGUGUGCAUUAGUGGCUUCAUCAACAUUGUCACCAGCUACCUGUACAACCGAGCCAUCCAGAUCUCCACUCUGUCAGCUACAGUGCCCUUUCUAUCGUUCACACCAGCGUUUUUGGUAGUCGUCGCAUUCCUUGUGCUGGGCGAAGUCCCCACGGUCUCCGGCGUGCUGGGUGUUUCCAUUGCAACGAUGGGAGGUUUCUGGCUGCAAGGUACCAAAGACGACCGUGCGAGCAAAGAUCUGUUAACGGACUCGUCGAAUGCGAGCAAAGGGUCGAUGUACAUGAUCCUCGUGGCCUUUUUGUGGAGCAUUUCCAAUGCGUUCGACAAGAUCGGCGUGCAGAACUCGACACCGCUGGUCUAUGGCUCUGCGAUUCAGGUUAUUGUUGCAGGAGGCAGCUACAUUCUGCAGAAGAUGCGUGUUGGGGGAGAAGAAAUCUACCUCCCGAUCGGUCAGGAGAUGAAAAUCCCCUGGAAGUUCGUCAUACUCGCGGGCGUCACGAGCGUCGUGGCGUACUACAUAAAUCUCGUGGCGACGCAGCAUCUCGAAGUUUCGUACGUGAUCGCGAUCAAGCGAUCAGGCUGCAUAUGGAGCGUCUUGAUGGGGCGGUUUUUGUUUCGAGAGCGGAAUCUGCGCAAGAAAAUCCCCAGCAUUUUGCUGAUGGUCCUUGGUGUUAUCUGUAUUGUCAUGGGUAAAGAAUAA